AUGUCAGACAAUGUGUCUAGUUUAGAGUGGAAUACAAUUUCUCAACCUAGUGAGCUGGAAACCCGUGCACCGACAUCUGAGGCCAAUCAUACCUUUCAUGCUCUUAAUCCGAAACACAAGGAUACUUCCUACAUGUCUGGUCAUACAGCUUACCCUAAACCUUUAAAUCCCGCCCGAAAAUCAUUUCCAUAUCUUCAUAGACUUUCGUUGCUCAGGCCCGUUGUCUCAUUACAUGAUCAAAUUUCAGUCUACCCAACAGAGAACAGAUCUUUGGCAUCAACCAGCUUCCUUCCUGUCUUCGACUUGCCGAACAUUAAGUCUUGUGAUGCGGUUAAACGAAUUAAUGCAACAAAGAGCAGUAAUAAUUUGGAUCCUGAGGAGAACCUACUAGGCGCAAAAGUUGGGGCUGAAAAUAAUUCAACUGGCAUGGAUACAAGUCCCUUUGUGUUGCAACUUUCUGAAUCAAAUUUAAAGGAAAAUAGCUAUAUUGGAGUUACCAAAUUAAAUAAUGCUCCAGAAUGUCUUGAUAUUAUUGAUUUGGAUAAAUUCCAAAAAUUUUAA